ACAUGACCGCCGGGCGCAUUUAAGCGCCGCACGGGCUGUUGACAAACAUUUUGUUGCCGGGAGAAACAGGAGGAUGGAGAUCGAAAACCCUCAGCCCUAUUUCUUCGGAGACAUCGGCUGCUGGUCGGAGAGGACCGAUGUGCACAAGGCGGCCUCCAAGGGUCAGGCGUCCAAGCUGCAGCGCCUCAUCCAGAGCGGAGCCUCGGUCAACAUUGUGGCACUGGACUCCAUCACGCCGCUGCACGAGGCCUGUCUGUCGGGACACACCCAGUGUGUACGGCUGCUGCUGGACGCUGGAGCGCAGGUGGAUGCAAGGAAUGUGGAUGGCGGCACCCCUCUGUGUGACGCCUGUUCAGCUGGAAAUCUGGAGUGCGUCAGUCUGUUGCUGGAGCGUGGGGCCAUGGCCAACCCCGCUCUCACCUCGCGGACGGCCUCACCUCUCAUCGAGGCCUGCGUGUCAGGUAACUCGGACUGUGUGAAGCUCCUGAUUGCUGAGGGUGCUUGUCUGGAGUCGUACGACCUUUACCUCGGGACCCCGCUGCAUGUGGCUUGUGUUAACAAACACACAGAUUGUGUAAAAGUGCUGCUUAAUGCAGGUGCUAAAGUGAAUGCUGCCAGGCUGCACAACACUCCGCUGCACCACGCUGCUAAAAACAAGCGAGUGGAGAUGAUACAGACUCUGGUGGAGUACGGGGCCAACAUCUACGCCAGAGACCAGAACGACAGGAAACCAGUGGACUACACCACACCAGGCACUCCCUCUGCAGCCUGCUUAAAGUUUUAUGAGACCACUCCCAUGAGUCUGCAGGAGCUCGGCAGGUUGGCGGUGAGGCAGACGCUCGGCACCGACGGUCUGAAGGCUGUGGAUCAGCUGGACAUACCGAAGCUCCUGAUCAGCUUCCUCUGCUAUCAGUGAGAGCCAACCGGGAGGAGGAGUUGGAUCCAAGCUCAAAAGAAAGGCUGGAAUUUCACAGAGCUGCCGCUAAAUUCUCAUAAAUAACAUAGGUUAGUGUCCAUCCCAGGGUUGUCACUAGAUUUCUUCUCAAAACUUGACUCAAAAUUUCAGAGAUUGCAGUCGAGACAGAGGACAGUAUAAAUUGAUGUGCUGUAUUUGCCAAGUUAAAUAUGCAAGUUUAGGAGCAACUGCAGUAACAUAUAUCUGGGGCUAGGGGCUGCUUUUAAUUCCUUGGACUGUGCCAUAGUCGAGGAUAACUGACGUGGCAUGUUGGACAUCCAAGAACAUCCUGACAAAAAUAGUAGCAUGUGAUGAUGUGUUCUGUGACACUGACACACGGGAGCACAAGGUAUUCCUCUACACGUCCGUACACAUGGAGAAGUAGAAAAAGGUUUGUGCCACAUACGACCACCUAUUCUUAAAUAGUGACCAUCGAGAGAGGCAGAGGUAGUGUUGGACGGUGCCGACAUUUGUAGGACUUGGUUAUAGGCUCUGAUUGGCUGCAUUAACAGAAAGAGCACAGACUGAAUGGAAUGCAAAGUGGUGUUUCAUACAAAAAACAUAGGUCACAAUAAACCAUAUAAACACUAUGAUCACAGUCACACCAUUUCCUCAUCUGUUUAUUGGAAGUCAGCGCUUUAUAGUGUGUAGACAAACUAGUUAGAUAUGGCCAUUUAUAGUGACCUUACAACAGGAAAUGACUCCUCAUCAGCAGCUUCUCUUAAUUGAUCUCUUGCCACUGCUCCUUUUGUAUCCUUAACUACCUGGGUAAAGGAAAUAAGGGGUAUUGUUUUCAAUAGAGCUGCCAACAUGUAAUAUUAUUUAAAUGUUUCAGCUAUUAAAGGCUUAAAUAGUGUUUAUUAAUGUUUGACAUUUGUAUAAAUGGAAACAGAAAGAAUAGAAAAAUACAAAAAGAAGCAUCUGAUUUAGAGAUGACCGUAGAUGGGUAUGUAAUUAACUAGAGAACAAGUGAGAGAGGAAUCAGGAGAGACUAACGGAGACAGAAGAUUAAAGGUGGGGAAGGUGAGGAAUUGUUGAACUCAAGACCAAAACGUAUACACUCCUUUCUUCAGUGCUCCUUCAGAAGCUCCACCUCUCACACUCGUGCACACGCCUUGCCAAGGUGCACCACUGAUCUCAAGUCAUUGCAUCUCCAGUGUCUCAUACACUCAUCCUUCAAUUGUAGAAGGCGGAGGAACGAUCACAUUAUUUUGUUUGGGAUGUGAUCAUAAGAAGCCAACGGGAACAGUGUUGUGGUGUUUGGGAUGUCCAGCUUUCAAAACCAGGCCUGUGUAGUUAAACCCUUAAACCUUAUUUAUUAUUAUAAACUUGCAUUUAGGCCCUGUUGACAUGUCCUUAUCUUCAGGGGUGGUCAUUUCAUAAGCUGCACAUGGAGGUCCCCAGACUGGAGAAUAGCUACGUGACUAGAUUAGAUAUACAUGAUUCAUGAUGAUGUCAGUGGAAGAACCCAUCAAGCCUGGAUUAUUCCGGGAAAAUUGCGAGCAACUCACUACACUCACGCGUGUACUGUAAAUAUUGAGUAGCAAUUAAAAUAUGACAAAGCAGACAGCUGUGUCAGCAUUCCCAGAAUAACUUGAAACUUUAAAAAAAUGAAAAAUUGAAUAUGUAGAGGCAUUCCGCCCGUGAUGUUGUCACAGCAGCACUUGGGCCGAAGUUCUCCAGAUGCUGCUUGGCUUCAUCUCACAUUCCUGUAAGUGAAGCCCCGCGCACGGAGACAGCCAGUGUUUGAUACAGACACUGUAGUUCCAAUCAGGCGGUAUCCUGGAUGCCUAUUCAUAGCUUUGUGUCUGAUGCUCCAUUAUAUCUGCUUAUACUGCAGAGAGAGCUUAGUCAGGUCCUGGUAUUUGUAGAAGGAGGUGCAGGAAGUCGUUUACAGUACGAGUUGCUCAGAGUGCUUAAGACUGAUUCAUCGGCUCUUCCCUGUGUUGACAUGCCCCAUUUCAGAGUUUCAGAACUUUAGUCUAACCAUGGAUUGAAUCAGGACAAACCCACACGCACUGAAGAGUUUGACAGCAGCACACUGGAAGAUAUGUGAAGGAUACUGGGCAGCACAUUAGAUGAUACAUUUUGUUCCUGGGUUCAAGUUAUUCUUUGAGGUCAGGUGUGACCUCUGUCUCCGUCUCUCUUCAGACCAAACGCAUACAGUCAAUCAAUCUGUGGGGCCACGUCCCUUCUAGCCUGGUGAUCUCAAACAACAAUUUCACAUUCAAUCUUUACAGUGAACUUUCCCAAUAAUGUGAAAAACAAUUCUGUCCCAUUAAUCUCAGUCCCAAAGCGAUUUUGCUGCAGCGAGGAGCAAACUGAAGCUAUUGUCUUUCUCUGUACAUCUCGGGCUGUUGUUGGCAGGUACAGACACCUCUUCAAACACAGGAAGUGAGGACUGUAAAUCCAUAGAGCUGUGAUUGUUUGAGGGUAUUAUCCCCUGAUAUGACUGUAAAUUGGGAAGUAUUGUCCUAGCCAAUCAUAUUGUGCACUUUCAUAAUGUUUAGUAGAAAUAUAAAGUGAUUAUUUGGCAGUAAAUCUGAUGAAAUAUGCAAAGACGCUGAUAUAAGUCUUUCAAAAGCAAGCAGCAGUGAGCGAGUGAUGUUUCUACAGAAAAGCUGGACUCUCAACAUUGUCUUUCCUCUCUUGCCCCAUCUUGCUUUCCAGUAUCAAACCCAGUCCACGUGCAGUUUGCUGACAUCAGCCUUCAGGAUUUCUUUAUGUAAUUUCACAGUUUUCAAACCCCUCGCCUCUACGUGGAGCUGCCAGCCGCAGCGGUGGCCUUGAGCAGCUUUAAAGGAACAAGAGGUCACCUGUCAGUUAUGCCGUCGUUCUGCACCUGCGUGUUUUCCAACAGAUCUUUACAAACAUUAUUUCAUUCCUUCGGAUCUGCAUCCAAAUCUCUCGGUUGACCCCCCUCGCUUGGCUCGCUCCCUGAACGUGCCCGGGCUGCACGAUGCUGGCCUGAACAUGCCGAUCGUCUUGCUGCACCCCAUAAACAUGCCAAGAUGUGGAAGUUUGUUUGAUCAGAAUAUAAAUCGCUAACAGCAUAUCAGUCAUCAUUUCCCGAUAUCUGGACUAGUUUUUGUUCUUUAACCGUGUGGUGCAGCUUGGAGCACGCACCUCUUCUCCUUCUCCUUCAUGUGGACAGUUCCUUUUAUGAACAUUUUGAAAUGUUUGACCCCGAUACAGAUGGGGCUCCUACUUCAGGCCUAAAAUAAUAGUUUACUUGAAGUCUACAGAAGGGACUGGAGAAAGCAGAGAGGAGGGCAGGCCGGCAUGCAGGGUAUUUCCGGCUAUCUAAGAGGACGCAUGUCUCCAGCUCCUAAACAGGGAUGUUGAACUUCAGGAUGAACAAUGGAGUCGCCGGUUUGUUGGCAGUUGUCUAGGUUGAAAUGUUUUAUUGAAGUGAAUAAAUUCAGGUUUAAUCUGCUCUGAUGUUCGGAGCGCACUGAUUUAUGUGAUGUAAAAAAAAACAUCCCACAAAAUGUGUCAUAAAUAUUUAUCUGAAUAAACUGUACUGAAGAGUUGAUUUAUUGAAUAAAUUCUUCCGUUACUUAUGU